AUCAACCAACGAACAUUUAACUCAUCAAUGCUGCAAUGCAUUCUAUUCCUAACAAAACUGAGACUCUACUUUGUGGAACAAAGAAACUAGUGCUGAAUUGUGGAAGUGCUGAAGUUGAUCUUCUUUCAGUUCUUUGGACAUAAACGCCUCAAUAACAACAAUUGAUCCAUAACAAUGAAUGUUGGUGUCAAAUCGUUGCUCGUCUUGCUUGGCUGUUUGGGCUUGUUAUAUAUGUACUUUUUGGUAACAUUAAAGAGUUUGGAAUCUGUCGAUCAAGAAAUUUUAUAUCCAAUAUCUUAUGAAAAUACUUCUCCGAAGAACAAUAUCCAACAUAGGAAUCCAUCUAUUUCACUCUUUUUGAGAAUGUCAGGUAAGAGAGAAGACCACAAAAAAAGAUUUUAUUGCAAUAUUUUAAAAACAGUUCCUCUGUUCUGGCCUGGGUGGCUGGGCAAAAUGGUUCUUGUUUUUGAUGAAGAGUCAGAAGAGGAUCACACCUUUGGUAAAACACUAUUGAAUCAGAUAAAGGGACAUUUUCCUCGCCAAACUUUCAAAAUAGAGUACGAGCCACUACCCAAGGAUCCGACAGUUUUAACUUUUCCUAGUCAGCUAAAACCACCAGGUUAUAAUCGUCAGUUAUGGAGCAGUUUUUUCAUAGAUCUUUACUCAGAUGACGAGGUGAUAGCUUGGUUGGAUAGUGAUUCGCCAUUCAUUUUCCCAGUUACCAUGUCAACUAUAAUGCCAAAUGGUAAAGUAAGAAUCCUUGGCACAGACUGUACAAUGCAAAUAGGCUGGGUGCAAUCAUGGGCAAAAACAACAGAGAUGGCGAUCGGAUUCCCGCAGUUGGUUGAUUUUAUGACAUAUUUUCCUGUGUACAUGUACCGUGACACGAUAACACGCUGCAGAGAACACAUAUUGAAAAAUUUCAAGACAGAUAACUUCGAAGAAGCGUUUAAAAACUUUUACCACACUGGCACUGGUUUUAUUUCUCCUGUAUCUGUUAUCUUGAGCUACGCAUGGUUUUUCGAGAAAGAUCGCUACGAAUGGGAUGUAGAAAUGUGUGGUGACAUAAACGUCUACAACAACCGUUUGCCCGAGGGUCACAGACUUCAAAUGAAUGACAUAGUUAAUGGCAAUCAGUUAUUGCGUCAGCCUCAAACUGCCUACCAUGGACCGUUGAAUACUGAUAGCAUAUAUGCAAAACUCAUUCCAAUUUCUUACUGUUUGUCGAUUAGUGAAGCCGGCAGAAAGGAAGACAUGUGUAGAAAAUAUUCGCAAUCGGAUCUCAAUCGCUUAUUUAAUGUGUUCAAAUCAGAUACUCAAAGGGCUAAUCCCCCACAUCCAUGCAUUGGAAAUCAUACUCAGUAUUGCUUAGAUAUUUUAAAACGUCACAUCAAGAAAGUUGGAGUUGAAAUAAAAAAAAACAAACGAAGAAUGACAUGGGACGACGUCAUAACGGUUGAUUCUAUAGCCCGCGAAAUAGGUGUAGUUUGUCCGCUACAACCACUCUAAUUCAUAUUACAUCUCUGGUGAUGUUUAAGAAAGGCUGUAAACUUAACAUAAAUCAGUGAUUUAAACAUGGGCAUUGACCUACCAGAGUACGUUAUCUGCAUUUACCCUUCUCAUGCAAACCUUCCAAAUCAUUUGCAUGUUCCAUGCACCGACUUGUAUACUAAAUCCCUGGACAGGAAACCUUAUUCAAAUUAAUAUUUAAGAAAUAAAAGGUGUUUACUAUGUUUCCACUGACUUAUGCAAACUGAGGAGACCUUUCUGAGAAAUCGAGAGCAGAUUAGUACAGUCCUGAGACCGAAGGUUGCACCUACUCGAGAGUUUUCACUAACGUCUUCGUCAUUUGCAUUAGCCAGUGCAAACACGAAAAACAUCUUUUAUUUUUUCAUAAAAUAACAAUGAGAAAAAAUAAGUGUUUCCAAACAAACGUUUCAGUUUUUCCUCCAACAUGUAUUGAUGAUUGAUUGGCAAAUUUUGGUAGAUUGAUUAAUUAUUUAAAAUGCUCCAGAGUACUGGGAAAAUAUGCCGUGACAGCGGUAUUUAAUGUGCCUAUAUCAUCUACAAGAUUUUUAUGGUUUUGAAUAGAGCAUAAAAAGUUACUUAAUAAGUUUUAGAACAUAUUUUGAUUUACUUGAAUAGUUUUUGAAAACCAAAGAUUUAAAGAUGAAAAAUUGUAAAAAUUUUCGUCAUGUUAUAGCGCGUUUAGAGUGCCCGGGUACGGUGCUCGGGCACAGGCACCAAUGUGAACGACGACCACUGAGUAAUGUGUGCAGAGAAGCAUGUAUUCAGCACAUGGUUUUAAAACUUGUUUAGAAUGAGAAACAUGAAAUUAUAAAUAAACAAAGAUAGUGGGUACUACGCAGUGUGAACGACCUGCAGAUUUGUGCCAGAACCAGAGUAUCGCUCUCUGGCACUCAGUCUGAUCGCGCUGUUGGGGGACUGGGACUCAGGAACCCGUCUUGUCAUUUAAUAUAAAUUAAUUACAAUUGAGGUAACUUGUGGGAAAAUUGCAUUUCCUUACUAAACGGUGCCGUUAUUUAGAAAUCAAAAUAUCUAUCUAGCUUUAACAAGGGCUCGUACUGUUGUCCUGAAUACGAAAUAGAAAAUGAAAAAUUUGAAACGACAUCAAAUUUUGCCAGAAAAAUUAUGCCUUUGUGUACAUAUGCUCUAAUGUCACGCACUCUAGUUGUAAAUUUUAGACUGGUUGAAUGCACUUCGGUAUCUCAUUACAGUAGCGACAUUCUCUUGCAUCAACCAACAAUUCGUUAUUGCAAUACAAACACAUGUAUGUAAAACCAGUAAUCUCGAUGUUGAGUUUUUGUCUAUACUGUGAUCUAAACAACAUUCAUCGACACUAUAUAACGGGAAUAUUACAUUUAAACUAAUAUUUAUAGGGUUUUGCCCAUUGAAACGAUGAUUUAAUUCUUCUUUUUCUCUUCGUCUUGCUUCUAUCCUUUAUUCGUAUUCUUUUUAAAACAACCCAAAUUUGCAACUUCAAGGCUUAAUUUUUCAAAAACUAUUCAAGUAAAUAAAAAAAUGUUUUGAAACUUAGUAACUUUUUUUGCUCUAUUCAAAAUCAUACAAAUUCUACAUUAAAAAGCUUGUUAUCAUGAUGUGAUAGCUAGCAAACUCGUGACGUGACGAUAAAUUUUAAAAUGAUGAUGAGUUAUCUUACUGCACAAUGUUCUCAAUUGUAAUGGUGGUGUUUAGGAACGUUUCAUUUUUGUGAUCAAUCGUCAUCUAUAUAAAAUGUGAAACUAAAUACAAUGUGAGCACGAAUUUACUAAAAAUAAAUAAAAAAUACAAAUUGA